AUGCGCCUGGUGUUACCAAUAGUACUUAUUUUAUGCAGUGCACAUUUUACACAUGCAUAUGAAGACACAACAUUGGAGGAUGAUGAUUUUGCAGAGUUUGAGCAAUUUGAUGUUGAUGAUGAUACUCCUGUAGAUGAUUUCUGUGAAGAAGACAAUGAGGAGCCUGUACAAAAGAAUAAUAUCCCUCCUCCUAAGGACCAGUUUGAAACAAAUAUUGAAGAUGAGUUAUUAGUGGAGGAUGAAGACAAUGAAUUUGAACAUUUUCAAGAUCCAGAAGAAUUUGAAGGUUUCCAGGACAGUGCACCUCGCAGCUCUGAACAACCCAAGAUCACUAUUUCUAAAGUUCCUAUUACAGUGCGUCCACGAUGGGAUGCAUAUUGGCUAGAAGGCAUUCUUUGCUGCGCACUCGCUGCAUACGCGCUCGUGUAUGCUGUUGGCCGAGCAAAAAAUACUUCCAUAGCUAUCAAUUUCCUGAAGCUCCACAAGCCAUUGUUGGAUGACAACUUUACGCUAGUUGGUGAAAUGGGAUCAGAUGUAGUGUCAGUUGGUGAUGACCCAGGUUGGAGGCGUGAAGCUGAGCACUGUUUCACAAUGUGGUGUAGUGGUCGUGUAUGUUGUGAGGGAAUGCUCCUUACCUUGAAGCUUAUAAAGCGCCAAGACUUGGUCAACGUACUCUUGGGAUUUGUUAGACCAUCUCCCGACACAUUGCUGAUUCGUGUGGAACUUGGCAAAGAUGACAGCGACCCCUUUGUUCUGUGCGUUGCCCAGAAGAAAUUCGCCACUCGCUUGUCCAAAGAGAUGCAGGACCUGAGUGUGUUCUGCCCGGAGCGUCGUGCUGGCGAUAAACACGGGCUUCCAAGCACGAUGAACGUACUCUCCGAGUGUGCGGAGGCGACUGGCGCGUUUUUAGACGCCAGGGUCUGUAGUGCGCUCACGCAGUACCACAAGCACGUGCAGUAUAUACACGUGUCCGACCGAUAUUCCGGCCCCAAGCAGAUGGAGGAGUCUUCAACAACAAAACUGCCGGAAACAGAGCGCGUGAUGUUGGUCAGCUUGGCGUUGGGACCAGACGGUGGAGGUGAUGAGUUGAGACCGUUGCUUCUGCUUGUAUUUUACAUGCUGGACAAGAUCAAACGUUUGCGACUUAGUAAGGAGGCGCUGGUGAAGUGCGAGAAGCGUCGUCAAAAGGUGGCGGAGGCGUGGCUGCGGGGCGCGCACGCGGCUCGGCAAGAGCAAGCCGCGCAGAGACGCGAAGAAAAGCGCAAGCAGGAAAAGGAGCGCAUUCUGGCGGAGGACGAUCCGGAGAAGCAACGCCGUUGGGAGCUAAAGGAACAAAAACGUCAACAGAAACGCAAAACGCCGAAAAUGAAACAGUUAAAAGUGAAAGCACUCUGA